AAGAAAGAAGAAAAGAAAGAGAGAGAGAAAGAAAGAGAAAAAAAGAACGAAAGAGAGAGAGACGAGAGAGGGAGGAGGCAACAAUGGCAGCAGCAAAGAUAAUACUAUCUAUGUUGUUGGGUGGAUUUGCGAUACUGUUUUUGUAUCUCUAUGAGUCUUUGGUUUUAAAGCAAAGGAGGCAGAGAUCAAAGCUUGAAAAGCAGGGAAUCAGAGGGCCUCCUUCUUCAUCAAUUAUCUUUGGAAAUAUCCCGGACAUGAAAAGGUUCAAGCUCGAGGUGAUGAAGAAAUCAACAGCUGCAGAACCCAGUGGUAGUCCAAUCUCGAAAGACCAUCGUGUUUCCAUUAAUCAUGAUUGGCCUUCAACCCUCUUCCCUCAUCUGGUGCAAUGGCGAAACGAAUAUGGGCCAAUCUUCAUGUAUUCAACUGGAGUCAUUCAGCAUGUAAGUGUUUCAGAUGUAGAGAUGGUGAAGGAACUUAGCCUGACAUCUUUGAGCUUAGGGCAGCCUGGUUACAAAUUGUCUAAGGAUCGCAAGCCUCUGUUAGGCCAAGGCAUUCUAUCUUCAAACGGCCCGAUUUGGUCUCACCAAAGGAAGAUUAUUGCUCCUGAGUUCUACUCCGACAAGGUUAAGGGUAUGGUGGAUUUGAUGGUGGACUCUACAACAAUGAUGGUAAGAUCCUGGGAGCGUAAAAUCGAAAGUGAGGGAGGAAGUUCAGUCUUUAGAGUGGAUGAUUAUCUGAGAAGCUUGUCAGCAGAUAUCAUAUCUAGAGCAUCCUUUGGAAGUAAUUAUUUACAAGGGAAAGAAAUUUUUUUAAAGCUCAGAACUCUUCAGAAAAUCAUGUCGAAUGGAAACAUUGGGGUUCCUGGUGCAAGAUACCUGCCAACGGAAAACAACAGACAGAUAGGGAGAUUGGAGAAAGAGAUCCACUCAAUGAUCUUAAAGGCUGCGAAGCAACGCAAUACUGAAGCUACUCAUGAGAAGGACCUUAUGCAAAUGAUACUAGAGGGGGCCAAAAAUUAUGAUGACGCUGAUAACCUAUUUUCAGGUUACUCCCGUGAUAGUUUCAUAGUGGAUAAUUGCAAAAGUAUUUACUUUGCUGGCCACGAAACCACAGCGGUCACAGCAUCAUGGAGCUUGAUGUUGUUAGCUACACAUCCAGAGUGGCAAGCUCGUGUCCGUGCUGAGGUGCUUGAAAUUUUCAGGGAUGGUAUUCCAGAUGCUGAUAUGCUUCGAAGCAUGAAAACAUUGAAUAUGGUGAUUCAAGAAACCUUGCGCCUGUACCCACCAGCGGUGUUUAUUGUAAGACAAGCCCUCAAAGAUAUUGAGCUCAACAACAUCGUAGUUCCCAAGGGAACAAACAUUCAGAUUCCAGUCCCAAUAUUGCAGCAACUGCCUGAUGUCUGGGGCCCUGAUGCCCUUCAAUUCAAUCCGGAAAGAUUUAAGCAUGGAAUCGUUGCUGCCUGCAAGUCUCCUGAGGCUUAUAUGCCAUUUGGAUUUGGUCCUCGGAUUUGUGUUGGCAAAAACUUAGCAAUGACGGAAUUGAAGGUGAUUCUGUCUCUUAUUCUUUCCAAGUUUUGUUUCUCACUCUCCCCGGCAUACCAGCACUCGCCAGCUUUUAGGUUGGUCAUUGAACCUGAGCAUGGAGUAAUUCUCCAUCUUAAGAGAGUGUGACAGCAGUUGUGUUUCUGUAUUUCACUGUAAACGUUGAAACAAGAAGUUACUAGAUGUCUUUCAAGUUGGAUGAAUUUCAUUAGUUAUUACUUUAUUUUGGUGUAUGUUCUAUGA